AUUGGACCCCCAGUCUUGGAUGUGACCCUUGAGGCCGGGGACCUUCUCUACUUCCCUCGUGGUAUCAUACACCAGGCUAACUCACUGGAGGAUGCCCAUUCACUUCACAUCACUGUGUCCUGCUACCAGCGCAACACCUGGGGCGAUCUCUUACACAAGCUGGUACCGAGAGCCCUGGACAUAGCUAUAGAGGAGGAUGUGAUGUUCCGCCAGGGGCUGCCUGUAGACUAUCUCAACUAUAUGGGGUUGGCCAACUCUGACGUGGACAGCCAGCAGCGUACGGUGUUCCUGGGGAGGACCAUGGCGCUGAUGCGGCGCCUCAUGGAGCAGUACCUGCCAACAGACGCUGCCUGUGACCAGCUGGGCAAGCAGUUCAUGCAUGACAGUCUGCCCCCCUUCCUGACUGAAGGUGAGAAGUCCUGUAGCAUUCACGGUCACGGUGAGCGCUGGGACCCAGCCGGUAAUGCGGUGCGGGAUCACACAGAGAUGGAACCAGACACAAUGGUGAAGCUGAUCAGAAAGGGGUGCCUGCGCCUGAUCACUGAGGACGACGUAGUCCGGGUCUACCACAACAUUGAGAAUGCUCGCGUAUACCAUGGGAGAGAACCCCAAUAUAUUGAGAUAUCAGCAGAGCUGGCCCCUGCAGUAGAGUUGUUGCUGCACAGCUACCCGGAGUAUGUUGCUGUGGACUCGUUGCCAGCGGAGACCGUGGAAGAGAGGCUCGAGAUAGCGACGAUCCUGUAUGAUAAGGGCCUCCUUGUCACCGGGGAACCCCUACAAAACGUGCAUGUGGACGAUACAUCGUCUGACGAGGGGGAAGAGGAGGGGGACUCUUGAUUAGGGGCUUGGGUUGCAGUGGGAUCAUUGGAUGCUAACUGGGAUUGCAGUGAGAUCAAUGGACCUUUACUGGGAUUGCAGUGGGAUCAUUGGACCUUUACUGGGAUUGCAGUGGGAUCAUUGGACCUUUACUGGGAUUGCAGUGAGAUCAUUGGACUUUCACUGAUAUUUUAGUGAGAUCAUUGGACUGUCACUGGGAUUUCAGUGGGAUCAAUGGGUGCUUACUGGAAUUGCAGUGGUAUCAUUGGACUUUUACUGGAUUUCAGUGGGAUCAUUGGAUUUCAGUAGGGUUAUUCUGAUUUUCCUGGGAGUAAUCCUAUUCAGUGGGAUAUUUGGGCUUUCACUGGGAUUUAGGUGGAUUUCUUUGGUAUCAAGAUAUCAUGUGCUGAGGGUCUGGGAUUGCAAGGGAUACUUUGGUGGCAGAUAACACUUGCUGUGGAAAUGUGUCAUUACGCAAAUGUUCCCCAUGAAAUAUCAACAGUUUGUGCC